AGGGAGGCCUCGGCGCACCCCCGAGAGAGCGGGCGUGACCGCCAGGCGGGCGGGGCGCCUGGGAUUAAUUGUUCCGCGAUCGCUGGCUGCCGGGACUUUUCUCGCGCUAGUGCCCUCGGCGCUCAGCUAUGGCGCGGAAGUCGAAAUUAUCUCUGCUUCUCGUGCCGCUUCUGCUCUGCCAGGCCCUAGUGCGCUGCUCCAGCCCUCUGCCCCUGGUCCUCAACACUUGGCCUUUUAAGAAUGCAACCGAAGCAGCGUGGAGGGCAUUAGCAUCUGGAGGCUCUGCCCUGGAUGCGGUGGAGAGCGGCUGUGCCAUGUGUGAGACAGAGCAGUGUGACGGCUCUGUAGGCUUUGGAGGAAGUCCUGAUGAACUUGGAGAAACCACAUUAGAUGCCAUGAUCAUGGAAGGGUAAGAACACCGUUCAGGUCCUCCAGUAGGAGAUCUUAGACGAAUUAAAAAGCUAUUGGUGUGGCACGGAAAGUAACUGGAACAUACAACACACCACACUUUUAGUAGGAGGUCAGCCACCAAAUUUGCCGAAAGUAUGGGGUUUGUCAAUGAAGAUUUAUCUACCAGUGCUUCUCAAGCUCUUCAUUCAGAUUGGCUUGCUCGGAAUUGCCAGCCAAAUUAUUGGAGGAAUGUUGUACCAGAUCCCUCAAAAUACUGCGGACCCUACAAACCACUUGGUAUCUUAAAGCAGGAUAUUCCUAUCCAUAAAGAAACAGAAGAUAAUCGUGGUCAUGACACUAUUGGCAUGGUUGUAAUCCAUAAGACAGGACGUAUUGCUGCUGGUACAUCUACAAAUGGUAUAAAAUUCAAAAUACAUGGCCGUGUAGGAGACUCACCAGUACCUGGAGCUGGAGCCUAUGCUGACGAUACUGCAGGGGCAGCCGCCGCCACUGGGGAUGGCGAUAUAUUGAUGCGCUUCCUACCAAGCUACCAAGCUGUAGAAUACAUGAGAGGAGGAGAAGAUCCAACCAUAGCUUGCCAAAAAGUGAUUUCAAGAAUCCAGAAGUAUUUUCCAGAAUUCUUUGGGGCUGUUAUAUGUGCCAAUGUGACUGGAAGUUAUGGUGCUGCUUGUAAUAAACUUUCAACAUUUACUCAGUUUAGUUUCAUGGUUUAUAAUUCUGAAAAAAAUCAGCCAACUGAGGAAAAAGUGGACUGCAUCUAGUCCAUCUUUUCUGUCAGCAUCUGUAUUUAAAGAAGAAAGAAACAAAGGCUGAAAAGGCUGCUCACUAUCAUCAUCUAGUGUUCCUCAUGUGUUCUAAAGUCUUUUUGUAAAAUAAACACAAAAAUAAAUUUCUGUUGAUGUGGCACUUUCUGUAUCUGAAAUGUUAUCUAUUUUUAUUUAACCUUUUUUGUAUUUUCUGAAGAUGGAUAUGUAUAUGGCUGUGUUUUGUAUAUAUUUAAGUUUUAAGUGACAUUUGGAUUUCUGAUCAGUGUCGCAAAAAAUUGCCACUUUGAGAUUUAUCUCCACAGUGAUAUAUUAAACCCAAAAGGAAUCAUCAUAUUUGGAUGCUUAAAAUAAUUAGAGUAUACAAGUUUUUCAGACCCAAACUAAAAAACAGCAGGGUCUCAGCAUGAUGAGUCCUGAUUGAAUUUCAGUAUGUCACAGUGAUGCAUCUCUUAUCACUGAUUAUUGGUUUUACUUAAUAUUCCCUAAAAACUUGAGGAAGGAGGAUGAUAUUAAGAACAUGAGAUACUCUUUGAUUUGUACAUAUUAGAAAAUAUGGGCAGUCUUCUGAUGAGGAAUUGUGUUGAUUUUCUUGGCUUUUUUCCUCUUUUGGAGCUCUGUGUGUGAAAGUUCGAAAGCCACAAAAAUAUGAUGUUUUACCUGCUAAUAUUUAGUAUUGAUCAUUUCUUUUAAAUGUGAUUUGGGGAACUUGAUCUGUACUGUAAUUUUACUAAUCCCUUAUGCAGAGGUGGGUAUUGCAGUUAGAAGUAAGUCAAGAAAUACGUUGUUUAGCUUGGUUUGUUUUCCUAACUUCUGAUUAACUGUCUGUAUGGCAGCUCUACAGAAGUUGUGUGUGCUUUCUCAGCAGCAUUUUUCCUUCAAAAUCAUCUUUUUAAUCAACAUUCAUUAAUAAAUGUACGUGUACGAUAUU